AUGAUCUUUCUCUCAUAUGGCUCUAGGCGUUGCCUCUGCCUCGGCCGCGUCCCGACCCUCGUCGUCUCCUCCCCCGAUGCUGCCUGGGAUGUCCUCCGCACCCACGAUCACAUCUGUGCCAGCCGCUCCUCCACCACCGUCACUUGCAUCCUCCUCGAUGGUUGCAGCGACAUGGCCUUCGCCCCCUACGGCGAUGAGUGGAGGCAACGCCGACAGAUAUGCACCCUCCACCUACUGAGCCCCAAGAUGGUACAGUCCUACGCUCUGGUUCGCGAGCAGGAGGUGGCCACCAUGGUUGCCGCCAUCUGCUCCCGUGGAUUGGCAGCGGAGAUCGACAUGUCCCCCGUCCUGUUUGCCUUCUCUAACGACAUCUUGUGUCGGAUAGUCACGGGGAAGAAGUUCGAAGGGAAGAAAGGGUUGUUCUCGAAGCUCAUCUCAGAGAACUCGGUGCUGCUGGCCAAGAUUUAUCUCGGGGAUUACCUCCCGUGGCUCGGUUGGGUGGAUUGGUUGCUCGGCAAGGUGGCGCGAGUGAAGAAGAACCAUAAGAGGUGGGACGAUCUGCUGGAUCAGGUUAUCAAGGAACAUGAAGAGUGA